UCAGUUAUGUAUAGUAACGUCACUUUAUUCCUCUAUUUAUUCAUUUACACGCACUAGAGCAAGAAUUGGAGUUGAAAAGCAGAGAGAGAAAUCAUGAACCGUGGAAACCAACGCUUUUAUACCCUCCAGUUUGAUGGUGCAUCCAGGGGAAAUCCUGGACCAGCUGGUGCAGGAGCUGUGCUGUUUGAUGAAAAUGGGAAUGUGCUGUAUCAUUUCCGCAAAGGGCUGGGAUAUCAGUCAAACAAUGUUGCCGAGUAUCAUGCAUUAAUUUUAGGACUGCAACAGGCGAUAAUGAAAGGAUGUAAGAACAUCAAUGUCCAAGGAGACUCCCAGCUUGUUAUCAAUCAGUUUCUAGGUUCCUGGAGAAUUAACAACCCGCAUCUAAUGAGCUUAUGUGGUGCAGCUUUGCAGCUGAGGAAUAACUUUCGCUCAUUUGGCAUUCAACACAUUUCUAGGGACUCUAACACUAGAGCUGAUGCUCAAGCAAACUGGGCCAUUUAUCUCCAAGAGGGUCAAGUUGAAGAAGAUUGUCUCUAUUUUUGAAUCAUCUUGAAAGCAGGCCACUGCCAAAAACUAUUGGCAAUUAUGUUACAUUUCUGUCUAGCAAUUUAGCAUGUCAAAUGUUAUGUUAAAUGUUUGCAAUAAUGUCAAAUUGAACAUGCCUCGGUGAUUAGAUGUUCACCAUUAGCACCUUAAGGACUUAAAGGGGUAGUUGUGAUGUAUAAAUCUUAGGUUUCAUAACUCUGAAUUUCUAUUUUCUAAGUUCUUUAAUACUCUUAUAUAUGUGAUACUGAUGACCACCUAUAAG